AUGACACUACCACUUGCGGGAAAAGUCGCCCUCGUCACCGGCGCGUCGCGCGGCAUCGGUGCAGCCAUCUCUCGUCGCCUGGCAGCGGACGGCGCGAAUGUCGUGGUCAACUACGUCUCUAACCCCUCCGCCGCUGCAGCUGUGGUCGACUCUAUCAAUGCGCAGACUGCGAGGGGCGGUGGACGCGCGAUCAGCGUGAAGGCCGACGUAGGGUCCACGGAGCGCGGGGCCCACUUGAUACAGGAGACGAUCCGCGAGUUCGGGAAGCUCGAUAUCCUGGUGCUGAACGCAGGUAUCAUGGGGAACGCGAGCCUCACAGAAGUGACGGAGGAGUUCUUCGACCGUCACUUCCAGGUGAACGUCAAGGCACCGUUCUUCAUGGUCAAAGCAGCAGCGCCGCUGAUGAAAUCAGGGGGGCGCAUCAUCUUGUUCUCCACCUCUCUCACCCAGAACUCCAUGAUCGCGCCCAAUUACCUCGUCUACGCUGCAACCAAGGGCGCUGUCGAGCAGAUGACGCGGGUGCUCUCCAAGGACCUCGGCGCCAAGGGCCUUACCGUUAACGCCAUCUCCCCCGGCCCGAUCGACACCGAUCUCUUUCGCACGGGCAAGACAGAGCAGGUGUUUAACGCGAUUGCGAAUAUGCAUCCGUUGAAGCGCGUCGGCCAGCCGGAUGAGGUCAGCCCUGCUGUUGCGUUUCUCGCCCGGGACGAUGCGAGCUGGGUGAAUGGCCAGAUUUUGAUGGUCAAUGGCGGUUUUACGGUUUAA